AUCCGAGAUAUCAAAAGUCGCGCUUCUUUAAAACGCUCUUCAGCCCCCUCUACAACCUAACAAUAUCAAUCCAGCAACAUUUCCGUCACCCAAAAUGUCUUCCACAGCCCCCGCCUCGCAAAUCCACCUCCGCACCCCCCCGGAGCCAGGAAAAAAACCCGCAUCCCGCACCUACCUAAUCUACUUCGUGACGGGAAACCCUGGCCUCGUAGAAUACUACCGCACCUUCCUAACGCACCUCUACGGUGUACUAAGCCACAACACCGCCUCGGACCGGUCCAUAGAAUUCCAAGUCUAUGGCCGCAGUCUUUCCGGCUUCGAAAUGAAUAAUGCCGAGAUCAAGACGAUGAAAUGGCGGAAACAGCCGCCGUAUGGGUUGCAAGACCAAAUCAGGCAUUCGGAAGAUGAGCUUGCGGAGUUGGUGGAGGAAGUGAAAGAGUCGGGUGGAAACGAUGUUAGGGUGAUUUUGGUGGGGCAUAGUGUGGGAAGUUAUAUCUGUUUGGAGAUUAUUAGGAGGUUGAGGGCGCAUGGGAUGGUGGGGGAUGACUUUGAGACGAGGGUUGUUGGGGCCGUGGGGCUUUUUCCGACGGUGGUGGAUAUUGCGAGGAGUGAGAGUGGGAUGAAAGCUUCUCCCUUUUUGAAGAACUCAAACUUCGCGACCUUCGCAGCCCUCUUCGUCAACUUCCUAACCAUGUUCCUGCCUAUUUCCCUCCUCACAACUCUAAUCGCAAAAUUCAUGGACUUCCCCACCGACGCCGCGCAGACAACCGCCGCCUUCGUCAAAUCCCCCCACGGCAUCCACGAGGCACUCCACAUGGCCCGCGACGAGAUGUUCCAAAUCGACACCGACAUCUGGGACGAGGAGGUCUGGGGCGCCGCCGCUUCAGAGCCCGCAACUAAGCAUCCGCACCCGCGGCCCAUCUUGCGCUUCUUGUUCGCGCGCAAAGACCAUUGGGUUGCGGAUGCGACGAGGGAUGCGCUCAUUCAUACCCGUGGAAGGUUCAGUCGUGGAGAUGGGGUGGAGGAGGUGGAAGGGCAGGGCGAGAAUUGGAAACCCGUUAUGGAAAUUGAUGAGAGGGAGGGGUGGCCGCAUGGAUUCUGUAUUCGCCAUGGGGUGCCGGUGGCGGAGAAGGUGGCGGGGUAUGUUAGGGCGAUUGUGGCGCAGGAUAUGGCGAGGAAGUAGCGACUCUUAUUGGUGGGUUUCAAGAAGCAUCUCAAAGCAUGGGGUAUAUGUGCAGGGGCAGAUCAGGUGUUCGCGAGACCAAAGAAAAACGAAAUUUCCAUGUUCUAGUAGAUCUGACUAAAAUCCCAUGCAGGAUAUUUGGGACUCAUGGAGAUGCUGAUGACAUCUUGAAUAUGUUUUUCUUAUCAAGACAUAGAAUUGUGCAUGCAGCAAUGCGGCACAGCCCCUGUCGUCCUAGGUAGCAAUGCGAGGUUGCAAAUAUCAUGCAUGAGGUCGGAAGUCAUCUUCCCCAC